CCCCGAAUAAGUGUCACCUCUCGAGUCGUUUUUCACAGCUUGUGAAAUUCACAAAAAGUACACUUUGGUUCAAAACUACCGAGAAAUUUCGAAGGAUCCUUUGCUUGGAAUGUCUGGUGGCCCCUCCAUAACGCUGAAAAGCCAGCCGAUAGAUGGUAAUAACACCGGGAAUGCUGCGGCACAACAGCAAGCAGCAGCAAAUGGCGCAUCGGGAUCUGGUUCUUCUAGCACUCCAAAUGGGAGUGGAACUGGUGCAGGUACGGGGGCGGGAGCCAGCAAUGCUCCAGCCGAGGGAACCCGCCAGAACAGCUUGCAGCGAAUCCAGCAGAGGAAGCAAAAGGUGUUCAACCUACCCGUGCCCCAGAAGCUGGCUAAGCUGUCGAUGUACUCCGCUUGCCAGGCCGAAGGAUGUCGCUGCACUGGCUGGAAGACGCCCCAGGAAAACCGCCACCGCGACGUAGAGUCAUCGUACUGCCCCGAGUUUAACGAGGAGUGCAGGAACUCCAGUUGCCGCCAUUCCUUGCGGUCCCAUAUUGCCCAUUUGGAUAAUAUUUCAAGUUCCAGUAUGGAUGAGCUGUUGGGAGCCAUUAUCGAUAUGGAGAACCUGUUCAUGUCGAUGCAGCGCGUUGAGGACGAGGACACCAAGAAAGUGUACUUGUAUCUCUUUCGGUUGCUUCGCCAGUGCGUCCUAACCCGCCAACAGGCGGUCAUUCGAGGACCUCUGGGAGAUCCACCAUUUGAGUCGCCCUGCAUUACCAAGGCAGUGCUCUCUCUGGUCUUCUACAAGUACAACCACCUCAGUCCCACGGAACUCCAAACCAUGACAGAGGUGGCCAAGACUUUCCUGAACUUCCUGAAUCACUACAACUUUGAAUCACCUUCUACGAGACGCGGCGAUCUUACCCACGAGGAUGCCUCCAACUACAAGAUCAACUACACUCGGUGGCUGGUAUUCUGUCAUGUUCCCGCCUUCUGUAACUCUCUGCGCCAGUUCGAGACUUCGCUGGUGUUUGGACGAACCCUUCUGCGCACCGUUUACCAGUACAUGUCCCAGCAGCUGAAGAAGAAGUGCAUCUCGGAGCGCGAUCGCUUCCCAGAGGAUAAACGGUCCAUUAUCACCCAGAUGCCCAAGUUUUUGGAGGCACUGCGGGCCGAACUUCUCAAGGAUGAUUCCCCCAUCUGGGAUCCGAACUACCGCCCGCCAAAUUCUUUUGUCAUCCAGCAGAGGAAACGACACCAGGAGGUGACGCCCUCAGUGGCCGGCGGAAGUGCUGUCUCGCUGGGAACGAGCAAGCGUUCCAGCGUGGGUGAACCUCUCCACAAGCGGCCAAAGAAGGAACCACUUGAGCGAAGCACCACAAGUGAGAGUGUGGAUGACCUGCCCACGGAUGUGGUUAUGCGUGCCAUGAAGUCAGUAUCCGAAUCAAAGACCACCAACAAGUCGGAGAUACUCUUCCCGGUGAAUGUGUCCCGCGACGAGAACGUGAAGGCCGAGGAGCAGAAGCGGGCCAUUGAGUUCCAUGUGGUGGGCAACUCGCUUACCAAGCCGGUGGACAAGCAGACGGUGCUCUGGCUGUUGGGCUUGCAACUGGUGUUUGCCUACCAACUGCCCGAGAUGCCUCGCGAGUACAUCAGUCAGCUGGUCUUCGACACCAAGCACAAGACCCUGGCCCUCAUCAAAGAGAAUCAGCCCAUCGGUGGGAUUUGCUUUCGCCCCUUUCCAUCGCAGGGCUUCACCGAGAUCGUAUUCUGCGCCGUGACCAUGUCUGAGCAGGUGAAGGGGUAUGGAACGCAUCUGAUGAACCACCUGAAGGACUACAGCAUCCAGCGAGGCAUCAAGCACCUGUUGACAUUUGCCGACUGCGAUGCCAUCGGGUACUUCAAGAAGCAGGGAUUCUCCAAGGAUAUCAAGCUAGCCCGCCCAGUCUAUGCGGGCUACAUCAAGGAGUACGACAGCGCCACUCUGAUGCACUGUGAACUGCAUCCGAGCAUAGUGAACACUCAGUUCAUCGCCGUGAUCCGCAAUCAGAGUGAGAUUCUGAAGGAGCUCAUAGCGCAGCGCCAUAAUGAAGUCCAGAAGGUCAGACCGGGAUUGACUUGCUUCAAGGAGGGUCUGCCAUCGAUUCCCGUCGAGUCGAUUCCUGGGCUGCGGGAAAUCGGUUGGAAGCCGCAAGUGCGUCCAGCCAGAUCUUCUCGGCCCCUGGAGGAAUCCUCCGAUCCCGAGAAGCUGGCCACUUCUUUUGCAUCCGUAUUGCAAUCCGUGCGCCAGCACACCACAGCGUGGCCUUUCCUGCGACCCGUGACUGCUGCCGAAGUGCCGGACUACUAUGACCAUAUCAAGUAUCCAAUGGACCUGAAAACCAUGGGUGAACGCUUGAAGAAGGGGUAUUACCAAACGCGCCGCCUGUUCAUGGCCGAUAUGGCACGUAUAUUUUUAAACUGCCGGUUCUACAACUCUCCCGACACUGAGUAUUAUCGGUGUGCCAACUCCCUGGAGCGCUACUACCAGACCAAAAUGCGCGAACUGGGUCUCUGGGACAAAUGAUGCAGCGAUCCUGAGGAUUCCGAUGUGUAAACUAACUAUUUAAUCCAUGAAGGAGAACUAUGUUUUCUCUUAUUUAUUCUAGUUUCCUGCGACAAAAGACAAGUGUAGAGUAGUUUGGAGUUUGGAUAUUUGGACUUUGUCUUAUUCUUUUAGACUGGCUAAUCUAAGUUAAUUUAAAGCAAUAAACGUUUCACCUAAUAAUGCGA